UACACACCUUCAGGGAUUCAAACCCGCGGUUAUUGCCAGGGACCGAGAGUUAAGAACAUUUUAUUAUUUUAUUUUUUAUUUCCUUUUGUUUGGCGGGUAAGGCCCUCUGUUUAGAACCAGGAGGGGGGCCAUGUUGUUAGUGUAGUUACCCAGCAGCAAUGGCUGGCUCCGAUGCUUUUAAUGAGUUUGUGUUUUUGUCAGCGCUUCUCAGCGGAUUAUAUUGAAAGCUAAAGCUGUGUUUUUAUUUUAUAGAUUUUUAAGAAAAAUAAAGCAAGCAAUAGUAAUAUACAUUUUUUUUCUAAUUUUUUUAUUGGUGCUUUUUAUUACAUUUUAUUUUGUUCUUAAAUACGGUAUUGAACUGAAGGUUUUUACGUGGAAUGAGCAUUCCAUGUGUUGCCCUAGGCAUGAAUGAAGUGGCUUGGCAGGAGACCCGCGGAGCAAUGAUGCACGCAAAUGGUGCUCAGGAUUCCGGUGUAGUCGGACUUGGGGUCCCUAUAGUGGGGACUCCUGUUGGUGCCGGGGGAGGACCAGGUCUGGUGGGUCCCCCUCCACAAGCACUUGGUGGUGGCUCCAAUCCACACGUCCUCCAAACUGCAGUAACAGGUGCACCUGGUGCUCAGCCACCUCUCAGUGGACGCUCACAGGACGAUGCUGCAGUUGGCUACUUUUUUCAGCGGCAAGCAGGGGAGCAGCUUGGAAGCUAUUCCAGCAAGCACCGCUGGCCCACGGGAGACAGCAUCCACAUAGACCAGGUUCGACCUGUGGAUGAAAUGAAUCAUGACUUUCAAGCUCUUGCACUGGAAUCUAGAGGAAUGGGAGAGCUCUUGCCUGCUAAAAAGUUCUGGGAAUCUGACGAGUCUGCUAAAGAGGGACAAAAAGGGAUGUUCUUGGGAGAUGAAUGGCGAGAGAAUGCAUGGGGAGCAUCACAUCAUUCCGUAUCACAGCCCAUCAUGGUGCAGAGGCGGCCUGGCCAGGGAUUCCAUGUCAACAGUGAAGUGAACUCUGUCCUUUCUCCUCGGUCCGAAAGUGGAGGCCUCGGAAUCAGCAUGGUGGAAUACGUCCUUAGCUCCUCACCAGGGGACAAACUGGAUCCCCGCUACAGGAAAGGGCCGUUUGGAGCUGGAGAUGCUGAGACAGAUGGCAAUGAGAAGGGUGAUCAAAAAGGCAAUUCAUCACCUUAUGAGGACAAAAGCAGAGAGAUGAAACAAGGAGAUGAAGAUGUUCCUAAAGCAAAUGGACGGGGACUGCCAAAUGGAAUGGAUACUGAAUUUAACCGGACUCCUGGUAGCCGCCAGGCAUCUCCAACGGAAGUAGCAGAGCGCCUGGGUCCCAACCAGAACAGUUCUGAAGUGAUUGGCCACCAUCCCAACCCAGCAUCCAAUAAGCCACCAUUGGAGGAGUUCCAGAACCCAGAGACACAAAACAUGGACUCCAUGGAACAAGUCGGACUUGAGUCUUUACAGUUUGAUUACACAGGCAGCCAAGUGCAAAUUGACUCCUCUGGAGCUCCUGUAGGGCUUUUUGACUACAAUUCUCAGCAACAGCUUUUCCAACGGCCCAAUGCACUGACCGUUCAGCAGUUGACUGCAGCACAACAGCAGCAGUAUGCACUGGCAGCAGCUCAGCAGCAACAUCUAGCUGGUGUAUUUUCAGCAGGCCUUGCUCCAGCUGCCUUUAUGCCAAACCCAUAUAUAAUCAGUGCGGCUCCUCCGGGCACUGACCCCUACACCGCAGCAGGACUUGCAGCAGCCGCCACUCUUGCAGGUCCUACUGUUGUCCCCCCUCAGUAUUAUGGUGUUCCGUGGGGGGUGUAUCCUGCCAAUUUGUUCCAACAGCAAGCAGCAGCCGCAGCAGCUGCUAAUAACUCUGCUAACCAGCAGACCGCUAACCAGGGGCAGGGACAACAGAUGAUGCGUGCAGGAAACAAUCAGCGACCUCUGACUCCAAACCAGGGUCAGCAGAACCAGCAGGCAGAAUCACUGGCAGCAGCAGCAAACCCAGCACUAGCCUUCAGCCAAGGACUGGCCACAGGGAUACCAGACCAAGCCUUGAUGCCACAGAUGUUGCAACAAAAUGUAUAUGGCUAUCAAAUAGCAGGUUGGAAUCUAAGAAAACAACAAGGCUAUCAGGUGUUAGCUCCAGCUGCCUAUUACGAUCAGACGGGUGCCUUGGUGGUUGGCCCUGGAGCACGGCCUGGAUUAAGUGGACCUGUUAGACUGAUGGCUUCCACACCUGUAUUAAUCAGCCCAGCAGCUGCUCAAGCGGCCGCUGCAGCCUCAGCAUCUGGAACCACAAACAAUCUUGGAGGAGCUGCCAAUGGUCUUUUCCGCCCCAUCAACUCUCAGCAGCAGCAGCAGCAGCAGCAGCAGCAGCAGCAGCACCAACAACAACAACAACAACAACAACACCACCACCACCAACAACAACAGCAGCAACAGCAACAGCAACAGCAACAGCCCAACAGUAACAUGCAGUCCAACUCAUUCUAUGGCAACAACUCUCUAUCCAACAUCUCCCAGAGCAGCUCCCUCUUCUCCCAUGGCCCCGGCCAGCCUGGAAACACCUCGCUUGGCUUUGGAAGUAGCAAUUCCCUUGGAGCAGCUAUUGGCUCAGCGUUGGGUGGCUUUGGAUCAUCAGUCGGCAGUUCUGCCAAUAACAUUGCCUCCAGGAGAGAUUCCUUGUCUACCAGUUCUGAAUUGUACAAGAGAUCCAACAGCAGUCUAGCUCCGAUAGGGCAGCCGUUUUACAACAGCUUGGGAUUCUCGUCCUCUCCAAGUCCGAUCGGCAUGCCUUUGCCCACUCAGACUCCAGCACACUCCUUGACACCACCACCAUCUCUCUCAUCUCACGGGUCUUCAUCUAGCUUGCAUCUAGUUUUCAGCAACUCCAGCUCAGGGGGACUGACAAACGGCAGUGGCCGAUACAUCUCGGCAGCGCCUGGGGCAGAAGCGAAGUACCGCAGUGCCACCAGUACAUCUAGUCUGUUCAGCUCCAGCAGCCAGCUCUUCCCUCCAUCACGGCUUCGCUACAGCAGAUCUGACAUCAUGCCUUCUGGUCGUAGCAGGCUCUUGGAAGAUUUCAGAAACAAUCGCUUCCCGAACCUUCAGCUGAGAGAUCUAAUCGGUCAUAUAGUGGAGUUUUCUCAAGACCAGCAUGGUUCAAGGUUUAUCCAGCAGAAGUUAGAGCGAGCCACCCCUGCAGAACGUCAGAUGGUCUUUAGUGAAAUCCUUCAAGCCGCAUACCAGUUGAUGACUGAUGUAUUUGGAAACUAUGUAAUACAGAAGUUCUUUGAGUUUGGAAGCAUGGAUCAAAAACUAGCCCUGGCUACUAGAAUCAGAGGCCACGUCCUCCCAUUGGCCCUACAGAUGUAUGGCUGCCGCGUCAUUCAGAAAGCUCUGGAAUCCAUUUCGUCAGACCAUCAGGUAAUUAGUGAUAUGGUCAGGGAGCUGGAUGGACAUGUUCUAAAGUGUGUAAAAGACCAGAAUGGAAACCACGUGGUACAGAAGUGUAUUGAAUGUGUGCAGCCUCAGGCGCUACAGUUCAUCAUUGAUGCUUUUAAGGGCCAGGUGUUUGUGCUUUCGACUCACCCUUAUGGCUGCCGAGUGAUUCAGCGCAUCCUGGAACACUGUACCCCAGAGCAGACCAUGCCCAUCCUGGAGGAGCUCCAUCAUCACACUGAGCAGCUUGUGCAGGAUCAAUAUGGCAAUUAUGUCAUUCAACAUGUUCUUGAGCAUGGGCGCCCUGAAGAUAAAAGUAAAAUAGUUGCUGAGAUCAGAGGGAAAGUUUUGGCCUUGAGCCAACACAAAUUUGCCAGCAAUGUGGUGGAGAAGUGUGUGACCCACUCGUCCCGCUCAGAGAGGGCUCUGCUGAUCGACGAGGUUUGCUGUCAGAACGAUGGCCCCCACAGUGCCUUGUACACCAUGAUGAAGGACCAAUACGCCAACUACGUAGUGCAGAAAAUGAUUGACAUGGCAGAGCCGGCCCAGCGCAAGAUAAUCAUGCACAAGGUAGGGAUUAAUUAUAUACGUCCUCACAUUGCAACAUUGCGCAAGUACACCUAUGGAAAACACAUCUUGGCCAAACUGGAGAAGUAUUACAUGAAAAACAGCACUGACUUAGGGCCAAUUGGAGGACCAACUAAUGGACUGAUGUAGGAUAUGCACAAGAAAUUGAUACAGCCCCUUCAGAUGUUUGAUGCUUUCAACAAAUUAAGUUGAAUUACCAAAAAGCCAACUUAACCUAAGAAUGCUUUGACUUCCUAUUGUAAGCUUGUCAUGUUCCAGUAUAUAUAGCUACACUUCCAGCGAUUUAUCAGAUUGCUAUGCUGGGUAAAGCACAGAAUGCGUGUAUAUGAUGUAAUUGUAUCAAACUAGUUGUCACAUAUUUUGUAAAUUUUUACCUUGUAAAUUAACUGUAAAAAUGUGGGUAGUUUUUAAGAAAAAAUAAAUGUAGUAUUCGUAUAGUACACCAGCACGUGACUUGAUAACUCUGCCGGCAUUACAGCACAACAAAAAAGGACUUAAUUUAUAUGCAUCUCUAUUGCAAAUACCUUUAGAGAUUACCGGUGGGUAAAAUGAAAAUGGAAAUUGUGUAUACAGAAGAAAAGGUUAAGUUGUAUUUUGGUAGUUCACAUUUUGUAACUUUUUACAAAAAAAAAGCAAAACUAAUGAAACUUAGUGCAAGUUUUUAAAAAUGUAACUUCCAUCGCUUAAUAUGAAAUUUCAAUCUUCAAUGUUUUGAGAUGACCACUGCCCUGCAUUUCUUCCUCAAACAAAUCCAGUGAUGUAUAGAAGCAUUGUAUAUAUUUAACCGUUGCACAAGGUGGAGGUGGGUGGUGGAGGAGGAGGAGGGAGGGGGGGGGGGGGGGAUGGAUCAUGAUGGUACUUCCAUGCAUAAAGUAAGUCUGAAAAGUAUGGAGGUUAUUUUUAUUUUUAAAGCAACUUUCCAGUAUGUUUAGUAGUGAAAAAUAGCUGACGAUUUCUCUUUCUUCCUUUAUUGAUUUGUAAGAAAGUUUGUGACGGUGUUGAUGGUUUAUUUUUUGGCUUUAAAACAUGAACUGUAGUGUUGGGCAGAGUUGAUAAUUUAACGGGGCCUUCAAAGGGUAAACUUGAUAACUCAUUAUAAGGCAUGCAUGAAUACUCCAAUAGAUAUUGUUUUUUGCUUCAUAUAAAUACGUAGUGUAUAAGUCUAGUUAGCUAUAUGGAUGUUAGUUUACAGUUUGAAUUUUAUAAUAAUAAAUCUUUUUUCAAUGUUAAUCACAAGCCUUGCUAACUCAGUAGUGACACUUUGGUUGUACAGUUGUAUAUUUGUAAACCUUGAUGCUGUAAAUGUAAUGUCUUUUACUCUUUUGGGAAAAAAACAAAACAAAAAAACCCCAAAACUUUGCUUUUUUGUGUAUUCACAACCCUACACCUUGCCCUGGCAUAUAGUGUUGUAUAAUGUACAUUUAUUUCUUUGGAUCAAGAUUGAUUUCUUUUUUUAAUUCUAUCUUUAUAUGACUUUAAAAAUACAAAACGACAUUCUUUUUAUCUAUUGUUAGAAACAGUAGUUUUUGUUUAUACCUGUAGCUGUUGAAAUGUACUGUCAAUAUGGUCAUUUUGACAAAGUGUAUACUUCUUUCAGUACAUUGCGCUUAGAAUUUGAAAGGACUAGACAGGCAUUUAAUUACCACGGAAACCAAUACUCUCCAUCUUGUGCGACAGGAUUUUAUCUUUGUACAGAAUAGAACUGUAUUUUGGAAAUGUCUGCUAACUUGCAAGUGAAAGUAUGUAUGAUAGUCAGUUAUAUUCAUAUGAACAUAUGAGGUUGUAACACUAACACAUUGAUGUACAUUUAUAGGCGGCCUUAUGUACAUUUACAGACAGCAUUGUUUUGUUGUUUUUUGCAGGCAGAAUUGUGACCAGAUAUGUAUAAUUAAACAAUCCUUUGUAAUCUAUGCCUCCUGGAUAUAUUUUAAAAACAUUCUUUGUAUAUUCAGUUUCUGAGAGAGAUGUAAGAGUGUUUUGUAUUUCGCUGACUUUUGGUAGUUAGCUUUUUUUUUUUGUAUAGAUGACAAACUUGCAAACUUUUGAAUGUGAUCAGUCUUUUGGUCUGUAAGCCCUUGGAUAUGAUGUCCUUGACAAGGUAAAAAGUUGUUUUAUUAGUGCUGUGCAGAAAAAAAUAAUAUUCAUUUAGUUUAUGAAUGUAAAAAAAAAAAAAAAGUUUUUUGAAAAUAGUAAAAAUGUAGUUAUUAAUCCUUUUGCCUUAAAUGUAAUUUUAGAACCUCAUUCAGCUUUAACCCUUUCGUCCUGGAUAUACUGCAGGUGUGGCUGAUCAUGCAGCUUCCCGUAGCACACGGGAUAUUGUUUUCAUAGUUCUGACUUUAUUUUUUGUUAGUAUUCCCCUUCCUAGAACACAAUAUGCAGUAAAUACAGUAUUUUGCAAUUUCUUGGCUAUUUUGUACUCGGCAUUGUUUCUUGUUUUCUGAAGCAGCACAGCCCUAGUUUCCAUGGCAACUAUUUGCUCUUAAAGGGGGGUCAUUAUGUGAGUAAUGCACUCUGGUUUUCAGCACAGGAGUCAUGGUGGUACUGAUCAGGAAUUUUUUUUUUUUUUUGGGGGGGGGGGGUGGGGGGGGGUUGGGGGAGAUAAUAAUUGUGUUAAAUUGUGACAAAACCACUAAGCUUUCUGCUGAUGUUUCCUUUGAGAGACAGAUGGUUUAUGAACCAGUUUAUUUGUCUUUUCUGUUUGAUCAAGUCUGCCACCAGACUCUUUGGCAGUUCUGAUGGAGUAUUGUCAUUCAAUUAUUUGUAUAUGCUGUAUAAACAAAAGGAAAAAAAAGAAAUAUGUGAAUAACAUUGUAUGAAAUAAACGUGGUCUUUGUGUUUUCUGUAGGA